GAAGGUCCCAUAAAUAAAGUCUCUUCGACCAAAGUUGUUGUUCAACCAAAGUACCACAACACAAUCUCUGUUCUGUCUUUCAUCCCCAAAUUCUGAAAUCUUCCUUCACAUAACCUAAUCCCUCUACCUACAAAUUCAAGCGUCGCAGAACAACCUUUUUUUGGAUUCAUUCUUGUGUUUUAACGACAUGGAAACUGUGCUCGAUCAAGCCACUACCACAUGCACUCACUGUGAUCGGGCUAUCCCUACUGCAAAUAUUGAUUUGCAUUCUGUUCAUUGCGCUCGGAACCUCGAAAAAUGUAAGGUUUGUGGUGAUAUGAUACCAAAGCAACAUGCUGAUGAUCACUAUUUAAAGGUCCAUGCGCCGGUUACCUGUUCAUUGUGCAGCGAAACAAUGGUGCGUGAUAUUUUAGAUAUCCAUAAAGGUGAAAAUUGCCCUCAAAGGAUUGUCACCUGUGAGUUCUGUGAGUUUCCAUUGCCAGCAAUUGAUCUGGCAGAGCAUCAGGAAGUAUGUGGGAAUCGAACUGAGAUGUGUCACCUUUGUAACAAAUAUGUUAGACUACGUGAAAUACAGAACCAUGAAAUUAAUUGCAACAGAAUCCAAGACAAUGGUGCAGGGUCUUCAAGGGAUGAGAGGCCAGCUGAAAGAGACGGGAGUGCUCCAAGGAGGCAUCAGAAUGAAUUCCCAAAAGGACGUCUUCUUAUCACAAUAGCAGUAACUGGUCUCGCUGUCAUACUUGGAGUCGGAUCUAUUUUUUAUCCGAGAAAGGCAGGGACUAGUAAUGUUCAUUAGGAAAGGAGAGGCAAUUGUUAUAUUAGUGUAAAUUACUCUACCAGUCUACCUGUAUAAUCCAUUCGUAUACAACAGAAGUCGUAUGAGAGAUAUGCUAUAUCGGUACAUUAAACACAUCGGCAAUGUGUCUGUCACUAUAUACCGAGUGGUUAUGCACUUUUCUUGAACAUUACGGUAGUUCUGUUUUUGGAGAGAACUACCAAGAGAUAAAUUUGAGUCAUUGAUUACAAAUA